GGUCAAUCUUGUUUGUUGCUAUAAUAUAAUCCAUUGUAAAAUAAUUAUUAGAUUAAUUCGACAAUGAUUUCGAAUGAGUUUAUUAUUUUAGCACAUCGUAAAUUCGAUUCUAUUAAAUUUCGCUUGCCUUAUUUUGAGGUUAGUUUUCAUUAAUUUACGAAAAAAACUAUAAUUUCCGUUAAAUACACCGGCCAAAUUUAUCCGGAAUUAUCUAAAAAUAAUUGCCAAUGCUUCAGUAUCGCUUACUACAUCCUCGCAUACAGGCGAUGUAAUUAUUUGAAACAGUCGAGUUUUCAUUUGUUUCGGCCAAACCGAACCGGUCAUAAAAACCAAUCGAUAUGAGCAAAGCAUAUUUUAUCUCCACCAGUAGAACCGUGAAGUUGAAUUACGCUUACAUAGUAGCCAUUACGGGUAACCUGCUAGCCCUUACCGGAGACACGACGCUAACAUGGUCGUCACCGAUCCUUCCGAAACUGCGGAACCUCACCGACGACAACCCCUUGGGCUACGCCAUCACCUCUUCCGAGGAAAGCUGGAUAGGCUCUCUGCAGUACAUCGGCGCCAUGUGCGGCAUAGUGCUCUUCUCCUUCCUGGCCGAUGUGAUCGGAAGGAAACCGGUGCUGUUGGUCCUGGCCUUGCCUCACUUCGUCUCUUUCGUGUCCUUCGCGUUCGCUAGAAACAUCUAUUUGUACUAUUUCGGGAGGUUCCUGGGCGGCGUGUCCUUAUCAUCGGUCUACAUAGUCCUUCCUAUGUAUGUAGCCGAGAUAUCGGAAGACUCCUAUCGAGGGAUGUUGCUCGUGUCUUACAGCACUUUCGCCAGUUUGGGCGAUCUUAUUCCGUAUUUAAUCGGUCCGUAUACGUCCAUAUUGUGGUUUAAUGUUAUCUUGGCUGUGUUCCCGGUGGUAUUUUUCGUUCUAUUUCUGGCAAUCGCCCCGGAGAGCCCGUAUUACUACGUGGGUCGGGACGAUAAGAUGGCGGAGGAUUGCUUGAAUAGGCUCCGAGGCGCUCGGUUACACUACAGCGCUGCUGAGGAAUUGCAAGAAAUCAAAAACGAGAAGAGUAAAGACCAAAGAGGGGAUUUUUUGAAUACUCUCAAGAAGCGGUACGUUGUUAAAGGGUUCUUCGUAGCGCUCGGUUUGAGCGUGUUCCAGCAACUGUCCGGUUUGGGUGCCAUUUUGGCGUAUACUCAAACUAUUUUCGAUACAGCAGGUGCUAAUAUUUCGCCCGAAAUAUCCGCGAUAAUCGUGGGGUUGGUACUAUUCCUAGCUAGUUUCCUCGGGCCUUUAAUCGUUGAUAGAAAAGGCAGGAAGUUUCUUCUCGUAUGUUCAGCUAUAGGUUGUAUAAUAUCGGAAGGUGUAAUGGGGGUAUACUUUUGGUUCCUGCAAGAAGAUAAUAAUAGCUCGAUGAGCGGCGUUUCUUGGAUACCCCUCGCUUGUCUCAUCGUCUACGUGGUAACGUUUAAUGUGGGAUUCGGGCCGUUGCCUUACACGGUUACCUCGGAGGUGUUGCCGAAUAACGUGAAGUUUUACUUAGCUACCGUGACGGGGUUCACGGGGUGGCUGGUGUCCUUUUUGGUUACGAAAUUUUUUAACGAUCUCAACGCCGUUUUGGGCAAGGGCGGUACUUUUUUUUUGUUCGGCGGUUUUUGCGUUUGCGCGCUGGUUUUUAUCCUGUUGGUAGUACCGGAAACUAAGGGGAAGAGCUUUCAAGAAAUUCAGGAUAUUUUGGAUAAAUAGUUGUUUGUUAGAUGUCAGAUCUUUUAGUAAAUGUUUGUUGUGAUAAUUAUACAUUGUUUAUACGAGAUAUAUUAUAUGAGAUUCAUUAAACAUGUCG